AAUCUGAAUCUGCUAAAAAUAACACUAGUAAGACAUGGUACCUCACAAGGACUGAUGACCUAAAUUCUAGAAAGUAUUGUGGGAUACCCUCAUGUGUACCAAAACGCUUAAGUCUGAAGGUAUAACUGUAUGAAUGGCCACACAACUGAUACCAAAUUAGUAAGCAGCCUUACUAAAGCAGAACGCUGGUUUCCAGCAGGGAGCCAAGUUUUAGGGGAAAUAGUGUUGCAUAACAAAUGUCCUUUGAGGAGUGUCCUUGUCCAAAUUUCAUAGUCUUUUGACAGGUCAGGUUAGAAACAGAUUAUGUUUUUUUUUAAAAAACAGCAAUAGAUCCCAGAAAUGGCAGUCUUGUUAAAUUCGAAUAAGGAACCAACCCAACCAAAGCAUGGGAAUUUGGUUCCAAUUUCCCAUUUGACAGACCUUAAAAGGGUGAGAAACCCAGUAAUCAGCCACCCAACAACCACUGUUAGUAGGAGCUAAGAGAAGAAACUUACUCUGUGCCCAGCCUUAGUGGAAUGAAGAAGUUGAUUGCAGACAAGGGGAUGAAAAAAAAAAAAAAGGGUGAAACAUGACCAAUGUUAAAAGAAAGCAACUAAAAGAAACAAACCAAAAAAAUUAAAAAAAGAACCCAUAUCCAAAUGAAAAUGUAACAAUUGUUAAUGAUUUUUUAGUGUUAUGAAAGAAAAUGUUAAAAAUCAGCUUGCUCAAAUACCAAAAGAACUAUUUGCUGUAUUUUUAAACAAGACACACAGGCACUUACUAAAAUUCUGCCUUGCCGAUUUGUUCUAUUUUCCAUAAUUCUGUUCUCUACCUUAACUCCCAUCCCUUUUGCUCCCUGUUCUAUCUGGGAUUUUAUAGAACAACGAAGCUUAUAUGAAGGCUGGCAUUUUCUGGAUUCUUAGGGUUUAAUUACUCCUCAGAUAUAUGGCUUUAGUUCUCCUAUGUUCAAAAUUAUAGCAGUUGGAAAAUUAUACUGUAGCUAGGUCAUUAUUUCUUUUUUUGUAAAGGAUCUAACAGCACAGUAAGUACAUGAUAAGUAAUAAAAUUGCCAACUAAAGAUGAGAAAGAUAAAAAAAACAAACACCCCUUUACCAGCUAGAAUUGGACCUUCCCCACAUGUGAAUUUGCGGCCCACAGACUGCGGACACUAAAUACUAAGUGUUGAAUUUCUCUAGUCUCCUUUGCCAAAUAAUGCUUCUAAACAUAAUCAGCUAACAAUGAAUUUUGCAUGAUUCUUUCACACACAAAGUGAUGUACCACUCUGGCUAACCUAAAAAAGUACGUUUACCUCUCAAAACAGCUUCAGAAACAUGAUUCAUAUGUCCGGCAAUUACUUCCCUUCCCGUGGAUAACUGUUUCAAAAUUACACAGAAAUUUGACAAUGGAUUUGCUGUCCCUAUAAAUGGGAAAUUAUCGCACAAAACAGGUAUUUCAAAUCUGUAUAAAUUCCAAACGCCUCUAUCCCUUCUUUCUUGGCUCCAGAGUGACAGCAGGACAAGGUUAACAACUGGAGUCUUUAGAAGUCAAAGGUGAAUUUAAAGCCUUUUAUAAAGAAGUGAAAAAAACCACAGAUCAUACAUCUUUGGCUAUCUCCUCUAUACGCCAAUUCUUGAAAAGGCAAUGUUUGUCCCAGAAUCGUGAUAAUCUUAAAAAUGCAACGGAUGUCUAUCAGAGAGAAAAGUCCUUUUACAUGUAACCUCAUCAACACAAAUACCAGGAUAAUCAGAGCUCCUUUUGAAACAGUUCUUAAAUUUUUAGGAGAUCAAGGGCAGCCUGAAAAUCUGAUGGCAGCUAUGGGCCCUCUCCCGUAGCAGAUCCCCAGUUUUUAUGUGGGAAGGUCUGGAGCGGUAAUAAAUCUGUUGAGAGGGCUGGGGUAAUGGGAGGAGCCUGGAGGAACCCAAUGAAUGGGUAAGGUAAAGGCCCCCUAACUAGCCCUUAGCACCAACACUGGCCCUCUCCCCGUCACAAAGUACAUACUCACAAAAACUUCCAAACAAUUUCAGGGAGUUCACAAAUGAUUAAAGAAUCCUACUCUAUGGGUUGCAGUACCCUGAGACAAGGACUUCCAGCAAUUUUAAGUACCAAAUACAGCCCCCUGAGGGCCCAGUGCACAUUUCAAUGACAGCUGCACGUUAUCUGAGGGGCGAAGGGGUUAUUUUUUACCCCCCUCCCUUUUUUUCUCCCUAGAUGGCAGACCUACACGCACAGGGAAUUUUGUUCUCUACUUCCCGUUUUACGUGCGAGAGGUCUAUUUCACAACUUGGGGGUGGGAACCAGCACACCCCACCAGCGGGAGGUGCUUUUUGCCAGGAAAGAGCAGGGAAACGUCUGGAAACCGAGGGGGACCGUGCCCCUUUCUCGGGGACGCUCGAGGCACAGGCCCAGGGCCUUCCCGGCUGCGGGUGCGGGGUCUCCUGACAUAUCAUGCAGCUGAGAGGCGCCCUUUCCCCUCGGACGUCCUCUGGCCCCGAGGGCUAGGGUGCCGGGUCAGUGCCGGCCGCACCGAGAGGUGGCCGCUCCCUUUCCUCCUUCGCCCUCCCCCCGGGCCAGGGCACAGGCCGCGCCCGCCGAGACGUCCGGGACCGCCCAAGCCCUGGCCCAGAGACUCCCCGCGGCCCCUAAUGGCGCAGCUCCUCGACCGAGAGCCAGGCCUCGGUGGCUGCCGCCGCCGUCCUCACCAUCCUGUCACCGGGCUUCGCUCAGUCACAACAACCGCCGCCACCCUCUUCCUCAGGCUCGUCGGCUCCCCGCCCACCCUGCCCACAGCCAAUGGGAAACGAGUCGACUGGAGACGGCCCUACGGAGUAUUUGGGAAAGCAGUCCAAGCUUUAUCACGAAUUAGCGACGAGAUGUGGCUAGACCCGUCUGAAAAAGGCCUUGCUCUAAGAUCUGUGAAUGCUUGUCGAUCAGCGUAUGGAUGUGUCCUCUUGUCUCCUUUGUUUUUUCAACAUUAUCAAUGGUCGGCUUCAGUGGAAAUAAAUGGUAAAGCCACACCAUCGAAUUUAAAUUGCCAGUUGGCAAUGAAGUCAAUUCUGCCCAUCUUUAGAUGUCUGAAUUCCCUUGAAAGGAAUGUAGAGAAGUGCAAAAUAGUCACCAGAUCUGACAAGUCCGAAGUACUUAUUCAAUUCUUCUGCAGACAUGGUAUUAAAAGAACUCAUAAUGUGUGUUUUCAAGAAAGUCAGCCUUUGCAAGUGAUUUUUGAAAAGAAUAGGUGUACUAACACACUAACGAUUCAACCAAGAGUGCUCGCCGAGGCGAUUGUUCUUUUUACAUCAAGUCAAGAGGAAGUCACUCUUGCUGCGACUCCACUGAACGUUUGCCUCAAGAGUUCCCAUGAGGGAUCAGUGGAUUUGACUAAUUCUGUGUACAGUGAGAUGUCUGUUGGCCCAGAUGAGUUUGACUUUUUUCAAAUUGGAGUUGACACUGAGGUAACAUUUUGCUUCAAAGAAUUAAAGGGAAUGCUGACAUUUUCAGAAGCUAUACAUGCUCCUAUAUCCAUUUAUUUUGAUUUUCCUGGAAAACCUAUGGCUUUAAGUAUUGAUGAUAUGUUAUUGGAAGCCAACUUUAUUUUGGCUACAUUAGUUGUUGUACCAAGUAGGACAUCUUCGCCGCAAUCACUGUGUCUUUCACAAAAACUAAAAAGGUCAGACUUGAUCCAGUCAAAUUCAAAGACGGGUAAAAAUGUGACCAGCAAGGCCCCAGAGUGUGUCUCGAGAAAAGCAGCACCCGAAAGGCUCCGUCCUACCAAGUCUUCCACAAAGACCUCUGCAUUGGAAAACUGCAGCACCCCUAGGAUGAAAAGAGCAGAAGGAGGCAUCAGUGAAGUUCCAGAAAGUAGUGCUGGCACGGCAGAGGAAGCACCAGGCUCCCCUUAUCUCAGGAAGUUUUCUUGCAUGUUCUUUGGAGCAGUUUCUUCUGAUCAGCAAGAACACUUCAAGUACCCUUCUGACGGUCUGGCAAAUGGCAGCCAAGAGGACAUGAAUGAUGGCAGUUUCUCCACAUUCUAA